AAGAGGGAGGCGGACGCUGGCCCCAGCGGCCGGGGGAACCGACCAGGCGCUGCGCUCAACUUCCACUUCUCCUUUCGCCGGCGCCGAGAUCCCGGCGCCACUUGCCCGGCCCGGCUUCUCCUGGGAGAGGGCGGGCUGGCGGGGCUGGGGACCCGCGAUCUCGGCCCCCGGAGCGGGGAGGGGAACACGGCGACUUAUCCCGGCUCGGCGACCGAGCCCACUUCAACUCAGGUCACUCCUGCGGUCGGCCCAGCCCAGCAUGCAGCCUUGAACUUGGCUUAGGCCACCACAUACUCCAGCUCUCUACACCCCUAUUCUCCUGUGGCUUGAGUGUAGGCUCUAAGCUCCAAGGUACCUGAGCAGCAUCUCUUCAUCAAGAAAACCCCGCGGCUCCAGAGGGCCCUGCGGAUUCUGCUGUCAGCUCUGAGAAUACAGCAUGGCUAUAACCCUGCAGCCCAGUGACCUGAUCUUCGAGUUUGCAAGCAACGGGAUGGAUGAUAUACACCAGCUGGAAGACCCCUCAGUAUUCCCCGCUGUGAUCGUGGAGCAGGUACCCUACCCCGAAUUACUGCAUCUGUAUUCAGGACUGGAGCUAGAAGAUGGUCACAACGGCAUCAUAACGGACAGGACCUUGUGCAUGACACAGGAUCAGAUCCUGGAGGGCAGUUUCAUGCUGGCAGAUGAAAAUGAAGCAACCUCACAAACCAUGCCAACCACUGAAGUCUUGCUCAAUGUUGAGUCUCCCAACAACAUCCUGGAUGAGAAGCAGAUCUUCAGCACCUCCGAAAUGCUUCCGGACUCAGACCCUGCUCCAGCCACCACUCUGCCCAACUACCUGUUUCCUGUCUCUGAGCCCAAUGCCCUGAACAGCGCUGGUAACACUGGUGACCAGGAGGGGCAUUCCCUGGAGGAGCAGGUCUCCAAAGAGGAAAGUGCCAAGAAGACUGGGAAAUCAAAGAAGAGAAUCCGGAAGACAAAGGGCAACCGCAGUACCUCACCUGUCACUGACCCCAGCAUACCCAUUCGGAAGAAAUCUAAGGAUGGCAAAGGCAACACCAUCUAUUUGUGGGAGUUCCUCCUGGCACUUCUGCAAGACAGGAACACCUGCCCCAAGUACAUCAAGUGGACCCAGCGAGAGAAAGGCAUCUUCAAGCUGGUGGACUCCAAAGCUGUGUCAAAGCUCUGGGGGAAGCAGAAGAACAAGCCUGACAUGAACUACGAGACAAUGGGGAGGGCUCUAAGAUAUUACUACCAAAGGGGCAUCCUUGCCAAAGUGGAAGGGCAGAGGCUGGUGUACCAGUUUAAAGAGAUGCCCAAGGAUUUAGUGGUGAUUGAAGAUGAGGACGAGAAAAGCGAAGUGGCAGAGCCAUCCCCUAAGGCCUCCACCUCCGCCAGCACUACCCGGCGAGCCAGCUCCAGGGUCUCAUCCAGAGCCGCUCCCCAGGGCAAGGGCAGCCCUCCCUGGGAGAAGCCGAAGGUUCAGCAUGUCGGUCUGCAGUCAUCUGCAAGUCUGGAAUUGGGCCUGUCUCCAGAUGAGGAGAUUCCCACUACCUCCACCGUGCUGGUCUCUCCACCAGAGGGCCAGGCCAAACUCACCAAAGCUGUGAGUGCCUCUUCAGUGCCCGGCAACAUCCACCUAGGAGUGGCCCCUGUGGGGUCAGCCUCGGCCUUGACCCUGCAGACAAUCCCCCUGACUACAGUGCUCACCAAUGGCCCUCCUGUCAGUACUACUGCUUCAACCCAGCUCGUUCUCCAGAGUGUUCCACCUGCUUCGACCUUCAAGGACACCUUCACUUUGCAGGCCUCUUUCCCCCUGAAUGCCAGCUUCCAAGAGAGCCAGGUGGCAGCACCGGGGACUCCACUGAUUCUCAGUGGCCUCCCCCAACUUCUGGCUGGGGCCAACCGUUCGACCAAUCCAACGGCAGCCUCUGUUGCAGGGGCUGGAGUAGCAGGGCCCAGCUCUCAGCCCCCGGGGACUGUCAUUGCUGCCUUCAUCAGGACUUCCAGUGCCACAUCAGCCCCUGGGGUCAAGGAUGGGUCACUGAGACCCAACUCAUAUGUGCAGGGCAUGGUGACUGGGGCCCCCAUGGAGGGGCUGCUGGUUCCUGAAGAGACCCUGAGGGAGCUUCUGAGGGAUCAGGCUCACCUUCAGCCACUUCCAACCCAUGUGGUUUCAAGGGGCUCCCACAAUCUGAGUCUUCUGGGAAACCAAACUUUCUCUCCUCCCAGCCGCCCCACUGUUGGGCUGACCCCGGUGGCUGAACUUGAGCUCUCCUCAGGCUCAGGGUCCCUGUUUAUGGCUGAGCCUAGUGUGACCACAUCUGGGACCCUACUGACUAGAUCCCCAACCCCAGCCCCCUUCCCAUUCAACCCCACUUCGCUCAUUAAAAUGGAGCCCCACAACAUAUAAACAGAGGGGUUGGGGAAGUGUGACCCACCAGGCAAAGCUGAGCAGCAUUUUCAUAUGGACUGCCUCUAGCAGACUGACAAGUAGCUCGCCUGCCCUUACAUUUUGGUGGAAUGUCAAUAUACCAGACUUCCCCAUCCCUCACCUCUGCCUGAGGUCACAUGACCAAGCCAUGCCCAGUUUGAGCAUUCCUGGCAUCAGACCAUGGCCCUCAAGAGCACUAGGGGAUAUGCUCUUGCCAGGGAAAUGGGCUGGUGCAGUGAUGAAGGUAUAACCUCCUGAGAAGUUGGUGGCCAGGGCGGGUGCAGGGGCUUCAUGGGAAGAUCCAUGUUUGCCUGGCUGUAUUUCACCAUCCAUGUUCCCUCAGCGGGGAAGUGACUAUCCCAUAUGUGAAUAUCUCAGUAUGUAUUUGUGUGUACUCAUGGGACUGUAUCUUCGUUUCUUUGGAGAGGACGAGGGUGAAGCUGUGAGGUCUUCAAGAACAUGUGUCUCCGCGCACACAUCAGCCACAGAGAUGAGGAUUUGUUUUAAGAAAAAACAUUCCCUAGUCCCUUUUGUACAAACCAAGACUCGUUUGUUCUGAGACUAUGGGGGUGCAGGUUGGGUCCCCCAAAUCUGGAGAGAUGUCACAGAGCUGGAGUAGGUCAGGAUAGAAGAGCUCCCAUUGGUGUAUGCGUUGGAGCAAAUGCAGUUCUAAGGGACAGGAGAAGGCCACAUGGGAUAAAAGCAUAAAGAGAGGGAACUCAGCCCUGGGAGCAGCCCCCCAGUCUAGACUGAGGCCUUCUCCCUGGACUUGGCCUCAUGACCCACCAGUCACUUGUCAGCAUGCUUGGAACCUUGACCGCUGUGUUGAAAGGUUAGACAGGGGUAGAGUGCCCCUCCAGGGUUAGACCCAGCGGAGUCCCCAGGCAGAGCUGAAUUAAUUGAAUGUUUGUACCGAGGGCUGGGGCUGUAAGACCAGGCUUUGUGCCUGGUCUACACCCCGAAUUCUGGGUUCCCUCUUGAUUAAUUUCGCUCCUGAUAUUUUCCUGCUGUCAGGCAUGGUGGGGAUAGUUGUGUUAGAAAUGUCAAUUGGAUCUGCCUCCAUCACUGCUCAUAUGUGCCUGCCGCGCAGCCAGCCAGUCUUCUACUCAUCUCGUAAGUUUGCCAACCCACCCACCCCCACCGUGGCUACAGCAGACGUUCACAUGGACUGUCGCCCCUCUUCUCCAACUUUCACUCCUGACCCUGAUUCCUUCUUCCCCAAGGAGAUGGGAGCCAGUAGAUGUGAGCCCCCAUGGCACUUCUGUCUCUACAUGGCUUCUUGCUUCCCUCUUUCCUUUCUAAAUGGCAACUGAUUCUUAAAGUCAACUCCUCCGCCUAGGGCCUGGAUCUCCUCCCCCUCCCUUCUUUGCAUUAGCUUGCCUCUCUCCUGCCAAAUGUGGAGGGCAAAGCUAAGACAUGUCAGCCUUGGAAACAAUUGUUAUCUGGUGAAUUUGGUUAAUGUGAAUCAGUGCCUCAGGACCUUUGCUAUGUCCUCGGUGCAAAACCAUCCACUUGAUCUAACUACCUCCCCAGGUUGCUCUUCUUGCUCUCCUUCCGGUCACUGCCAAGCCCACUAUCAUCCUCUCUCACUUUCUUCUUGUUUUCCCCUGGGGGGUGGGGAAACUAUAUACGGUUGUGCAGGUGUAUUUAUUACACAUCUCCAGCACUUGGCAUUAAAGUGCCUUUUUUAAAAAAAAUAAAUCAGUUUAUUAUGACAAUUUCCUGAUGGUGGAAAGUAAAGCAUUUUGAGAAAGUU